UUAAUUGCAAAUUUUCCUAUUUAUCAUACUCAUUAAUUUUAAUCAUGGUUUGGAGUAUUGCUUCUAAAACCAAUACUUUUGGCUUGAGAGGAAGAGCAUUAAGAGUUGCCAUCACCGCAACAGCUGUUACUGGGUUUUCCUUGUUCGGUUAUGAUCAAGGUUUAAUGUCUGGUAUUAUCACUGCUCCUCAAUUUAACUCAGAAUUCCCUGCUACUUUGAACGAUAGUGUCAACCAAGGAGCUGUCACUUCUUGUUAUGAAAUUGGUUGUUUCUUUGGGGCUAUAUAUGCCUUGGUCAGAGGUGAUAGACACGGUAGAAGGCCAUUGGUUCUUUGUGGUUCUGUAAUUAUCAUCAUUGGUACAGUUAUUUCUGUCGCAGCAUUCAAGGACUCUUGGGGUUUGGGCCAAUUUGUUAUCGGUAGAGUCAUCACUGGUAUUGGUAACGGGUUGAACACUGCCACUAUUCCAGUUUGGCAAUCUGAAAUGUCCAGAGCUGAAAACAGAGGUAGAUUGGUAAACUUGGAGGGUUCUGUUAUUGCCGUGGGUACCUUCAUUGCCUAUUGGUUAGAUUUUGGAUUGAGUUAUGUUAACACCUCGGUAUCAUGGAGAUUUCCAGUUGCCAUGCAGAUUCUUUUUGCCUUAAUGUUGUUAUUUGGAAUGCUGCAAUUACCAGAAUCUCCAAGAUGGUUAAUUGCUCACGACAGAAAGCCUGAUGCUUUGUUGGUGUUGGGUGCUUUGAACGAUGUUGAACCAGAAUCUGACCAAGUUUUGGCUGAAAUUACUGUUAUUGCCGAUGCUGUCAACAGGUUCGACAAGCAGCAAGUUGGUUUCAAAGACUUGUUCACCGGUGGUAAGACCCAACAUUUCCAAAGAAUGAUGCUUGGUUCUAUUGGUCAGUUUUUCCAACAAUUCACCGGUUGUAAUGCUGCUAUUUACUACUCCACUGUGUUAUUCGAACAAACCAUUGAUUUGGACAGAAGGUUAGCUUUGGUUUUAGGUGGUGUUUUUGCUACCGUUUACGCCAUUGCUACGAUUCCUUCGUUCUUUUUGAUUGAUACUUUAGGAAGAAGAAACUUGUACUUGAUUGGUGCCAUUGGCCAAGGCUGUUCUUUCCUCAUUGCUUUUGGAUGUUUGGUUCAUGAAACUAAACAAACUGCUAAGGGUGCAGCCGUUGGUUUGUUUUUGUUUAUCGUUUUCUUUGCCUUUACCAUCUUGCCUUUACCAUGGAUAUAUCCACCAGAAAUCAACCCAUUGAGAACCAGAACUCUUGCUUCUGCUAUCUCUACUUGUACCAACUGGAUCUGUAACUUUGCUGUUGUUAUGUUUACUCCUAUUUUCAUUGCCAAAUCUAACUGGGGUUGUUACUUGUUUUUCGCUGCUAUGAACUUUGCCUUUGUUCCUAUCAUUUUCUUUUUCUACCCUGAAACUGCUGGUAGACAAUUGGAAGAAAUUGAUAUUAUCUUUGCAAAGGCCUAUGUUGAUAAGAGACAACCAUGGAGAGUUGCUGCUACUUUGCCCAAGUUAUCUUUAACUGAAAUUGAAGAAUAUGGUAACCAAUUGGGCUUGUACGACGGUGACUUUGAAAAGGAACAAAACGAAUUGAGAGAAGACUCUUCAAUCGUCAAAUCCAAUGAUGAAUCCUCCCACAACCAGGAAGAGAAUACCGAAGGUGUCUUCGCUAAUGAUACCAGCAACAAAGCUUAAUAUGGCUCGAUGUCACCACUCCCUAUAAUAUAUACAUAUAUGUAUAGACCAAUGUAUUAUUAAUUAGUCUUAAAUCGUUGUACAAGUCCAGGGAUACAUAUAAAUUUGAACUAAAGCUGAUUGUUUGACUAUAUACACGUUACCAUAGAUGAACUUCGAAAGAAUUCAUAAAUAAAUGUUUUUCAUAAACCAAUGCUGUUGUCGUAGAAGAAGUUGGGGGUUCCCCCACCAAACACGCGAUCAAGUGCUUCAUUAAAUUCGGGAUCUCCCAAUGGAAUCUUACCGGAGAAAUAGGUGGAAGGGCUAGGUGAAUUUCCGUAAUUAGGGCUCACUUUGGAAUCCCAAACCAGGUUUAUUAAUGGGUUCUUGGGAUCAUGAACUGAAAGGUAACCUGUUGGUCCUGGAAUCAAUCCUGGGCAACCCAUUGGUGAAACUUCACCGAAACUAUUCAUGCUGUUUCCAGUACUAUCUGUGGAUGGAGCUGUAGUAGCAGUGAAGUUCGACUUAGAGUCUCCAAUAAGGUCACUGGCAGUUGAUGAACGGUCUGAUUGUGUAGCGGGAUUAACUAUUUCAGCUCUCAAGAUUGGAUCGGCCCGCUUCUUUUGGUAUAGCUCAGGGAAAAGGGCCAUAAAGUGAUUCAGGAUUUGAAUCAAAUAAGGGUUAUUGUCAAAGAAAACACGUUUGGACUGGCUUUCUACAAUUCGUAUUCCCAUUUGCAACAUAAUAAAGGUAACCAAACACAUAACAGAAUCAAUUUGAUUAAACAUUUCACCAUUUUUAGGUGGAUUUCUGAAAAGUUGUUUUACCAGGCAAUUUAUCAUGCCGUCAAUCAAAAGUUCCAUAUCCGAUACAGUGUCUUCACUUUUAGGUUUAUUUAAACACAGUUGCAAAAUAUCCAAGACAGCAGCAGACAGAUAGAAUAUCAACCAACUGAGGUUUGAAGCCGAAAUUGUAUUGCGAACAGUUCUCAAUGUUAUAUGCACUAUGGUUCUGGCACUAUCCGAAGCAAGGUCUCUGAGAUAUAUGGCUUCAGAGUUUUUGAUUUCGAUUUCAUGAGGAUCACAUUUCAACCUAGUGAUUAAUCUAUUCAUUGUCAUUAAUUGCGUAAAGAACGCUAGGUGGAAUGACAAUAGCAUCACUAAUUGACCGUCUUCAAUUGUCUUAUUUUGGAAAAGCGCCAGAUUACCAAAUUCCGAAUCAUUAUAGAACCGUGGUCUGAGUUCCGGACUCAUGCUUGAUCCAAGUUCCCACAUUUUCUUAUUCAUGGAUGUCAAGAUAUAAAUGAUGUCGGUAAAUGAAUGAUCACAAGAACUAGCACUGAACAAUUUGGAAUACGCUUCAAAUCUUAACCUGUUUAAAAGGCUCAUAAAGUGACCGAAGUAUACAUCGAGCCCUUUCUCUUCUAAAAGAAACUUCAACAAUUUAGGAUCCAAGUGGUUGUCAGUAUUAAUAUUAAAAGGUAAAUUUUUAACGGUAGAGCCCGAAAUAAAAUCUUUCCUGGUCAACGUCGAGACAUCAGCUGGGUUAAUCAAAGGAGGCUUUCCAUGUCUGUAACAGAUUUCUAUAUCCAAAUAUUCACAAAACCACCAAAGUUUUCUUCUGAAUGCCACUUCUUCUAUUGGUAACCCUUCAAACGACUCGCAUCGGUGUAAACCUAUUUCUUGGGCAAAUCUUACGGCAACAGCAGCCAAGAUAUAGUUGGCAGUAGACUUUAC